AUGGAGGAGUACUAUAGAGGUAUGGAGGAGUACUACAGAGGUAUGGAGGAGUACUACAGCGGCAUGUUUAAGUACUACAGAGGUAUGGAGGAGUACUACAGAGGUAUGGAGGAGUACUACAGCGGCAUGUUUAAGUACUACUACAGAGGUAUGGAGGAGUACUACAGAGGUAUGGAGGAGUACUACAGAGGAGCAGUUAAGAGAUAUGUAGGAGUACUACAGAGGUAUGUAGGAGUAGUACAGAGAUAUGUAGGAGUACUACAGAGGUACGAAGGAGCAGUUCAGAGAUAUGUAGGAGUACUACAGAGGUAUGAAGGAGUAGAACAGAGAUAUGUAGGAGUACUACAGAGAGAUAUGAAGGAUUACUACAGAGGUAUGUUUGAGUACUACAGAGGUAUGAAGGAGCAGAACAGAGAUAUGUAG